AUGUCGUUGUCGAACACCAGUAGCACAGUGUCAGUGUCUCUUAACUGGAAAGAGCAAGAGUAUGACCACACCGCGUCCGUGGACAAUACCAUGCGGCAGACAGACUGGCCCGCGCUCUGCCGGCUGGCCGCGAGCCUGCGCGACGACGUUCCCUGUGUGCCACUAGACCACGCCACCAACGGCCUCAAUAACAUGGCCCGUUUGUUGCAGUUUGAGGACGGCGUGUUGUGGGUGGCCCGUGUUGCCCUGCGGCGGUCGGCUGCCGACAUGGCCAAGUUGCGCAUCGGUGGCCCAUUCGAUACCGCAACGGCCUUUUUUGCGGCAUGGGCCGACAACGCGCGGUUUCCACGUUCGCCCGACAAUAUCGUCGACCUGAUGCGUGGCGCCCCAGACACCCAAGCGAAGCAGAUUGUUCGCGCCGUCGACACCUUCGUCAGCCGGUUUCGCGCCAUCGCGCCACGGCUCGCGCGCCGACACGACCGGAACCGCGACCGCGGACCGUUUCCACUCUGCCACCCCGACUUCUUGCACAGCAACAUUGUUGUUGACGACGCCAACUUUGACGUCCUCGGCAUCAUCGACUGGGAGGGCGCCUGCACCCUGCCGUGGGAGCUCGUCCGCUUCCCGCGCUUCCUCAACGCCAUGCCGCGACGAUUCGGUCCGUCUGAUGGCUACGACGUGGACGGCCAGCCACACGACACCGACGAGCAGCAGCGGUGGCGCGAGCGCCGUGCGUACGUGCAGACGGUCGCGGCGCUGGAAGCGCGGGAAGCGCCGGAACGAGGCCCGGUAGACCGCUCGCUCUCGGCGUGCCUGGCGGACGAACACGCGCAGAACCUGUCGUACGCGAUAGACGCCUUCGAGGGCGGCAAGGUGGGCGUCUACGACCAGCUGCUGGACGAUCUAGAGGAGGCGCUGCCGCCGGGCGGCGAGUCGUUGUGA